AUGGCUCAGCAGAAGGUGGUGUUAAAGGUCCUGACGAUGACUGAUGAUAAAACAAAGCAGAAAGCAAUAGAAGCUGCUGCUGAUAUUUAUGGAGUUGAUUCCAUAGCAGCAGAUCUAAAAGAUCAGAAGCUAACAGUGAUAGGUCAGAUGGAUGCAGUGGCAGUGUUGAAAAAGCUGAAGAAAGUAGGGAAAGUGGACAUAGUUUCAGUUGGACCUGCAAAAGAAGAGAAGAAAGAACCAAAGAAAGAAGAAAAAAAGAGGAAAACAAAGAAGGAAAGAAGGAAGCAAAUAAAGAGGAGAAAAAGUAAUUAA